GGGCGGGCGAGGAGGCGUGGCGGAGGCUCUCGGCUGUAGUAGUUCCUUGCACUACCUCCAUGUGGCUCUUCUGUUACUGAAGAAAGAAGACCCGCGUCCAAGCUGACAGCUGGAGCCUCUUGACCAACACCUCACCCCUGCCCUCGGGAUUCAAAGGGAAACCGAGACCUGUAUGGUGUGGGCCACCUCCAGCCGCUCGCGUGACAACCGCAGCCGUGGCAGGUAAAAGGAUUGCUGAAUCAUCUCACUGAAGCAAUAGCCUCACUAUCUUUGCUUUCUAAACUGCAUCAACAAUGAAGCAAUGAUAUCUGAGAGCAAAAGAACAUUUGCCAACUAAGUGUCAUCACAAUUCAAGUGACUGUAUAAGCAGAAAUAAGCUGCAACAGACCUGUGUGUCAGCUGGUAUAAAGAGAAUGCAUUCUUGUGAUGCUAUUUAUGUAGAAGCAGUUUUAGUAUAGCACAUUUAAAUUAUAACCUAUACCAAAUGAAAUAAAAAUGAGUGGAUCCGCCAGAUUCUUUGUUGGGCCUGAAGAUACAGAAAUUAACCCUGGUAAUUAUCGACAUUUCUUCCACCAUGCCGAUGAAGAUGAGGAGGAGGAGGAUGAUUCUCCACCGGAAAGGCAGAUUGUGGUUGGAAUAUGUUCCAUGGCAAAGAAAUCCAAAUCAAAACCAAUGAAGGAAAUUCUUGAAAGGAUCUCCUUAUUUAAAUAUAUUACAGUAAUAGUAUUUGAAGAGGAAGUUAUUUUGAAUGAACCAGUGGAAAACUGGCCUUUAUGUGAUUGUCUUAUUUCUUUCCAUUCUAAAGGAUUUCCACUGGACAAAGCAGUUGCCUAUGCAAAACUCAGGAAUCCAUUUGUAAUCAAUGACUUGAAUAUGCAGUAUCUCAUACAAGAUAGGAGAGAAGUAUAUAGUAUUCUUCAGGCUGAAGGUAUUUUACUUCCUCGUUAUGCAAUUUUGAACCGUGAUCCAAAUAAUCCUAAAGAAUGCAGUCUGAUUGAAGGGGAAGAUCAUGUAGAAGUAAAUGGGGAAGUUUUUCAAAAGCCAUUUGUAGAGAAGCCAGUUAGUGCAGAAGAUCACAAUGUUUACAUUUAUUAUCCAACAUCUGCUGGUGGUGGAAGUCAAAGACUUUUUCGAAAGAUUGGCAGUAGAAGUAGUGUUUAUUCCCCAGAAAGCAAUGUACGAAAAACGGGCUCAUAUAUAUAUGAAGAGUUUAUGCCCACAGAUGGUACUGAUGUUAAGGUUUAUACAGUGGGUCCAGAUUAUGCCCAUGCUGAAGCUCGAAAAUCUCCAGCACUUGAUGGCAAGGUGGAACGAGACAGUGAAGGAAAAGAAGUAAGAUACCCUGUUAUUCUCAAUGCACGAGAGAAAUUAAUUGCUUGGAAAGUCUGCCUUGCAUUUAAGCAAACAGUUUGUGGCUUUGAUUUAUUGCGAGCCAAUGGACAGUCCUAUGUCUGUGAUGUCAAUGGCUUCAGUUUUGUGAAAAAUUCCAUGAAGUAUUAUGAUGAUUGUGCAAAAAUACUUGGCAAUAUUGUGAUGAGAGAGCUUGCUCCACAAUUUCAUAUCCCCUGGUCAAUACCUUUAGAAGCUGAAGAUAUCCCAAUUGUACCAACUACAUCUGGAACUAUGAUGGAACUUAGAUGUGUCAUAGCUGUCAUACGUCAUGGGGAUCGAACACCAAAACAAAAAAUGAAAAUGGAAGUGAGGCAUCAAAAAUUUUUUGAUCUUUUUGAAAAGUGUGAUGGAUAUAAAUCUGGGAAAUUAAAACUCAAAAAGCCAAAACAAUUACAGGAAGUGCUGGAUAUUACACGGCAACUUCUUAUGGAGCUGGGGCAAAAUAAUGAUUCUGACAUUGAAGAAAACAAGUCAAAACUUGAACAACUUAAGACUGUGUUAGAGAUGUAUGGCCACUUUUCUGGAAUAAAUCGUAAGGUGCAAUUAACCUAUCUCCCUCAUGGUUGUCCUAAAACAUCUAGUGAAGAGGAAGACAGCCGAAGAGAAGAACCAUCCUUACUUUUGGUUUUAAAAUGGGGAGGAGAACUAACUCCUGCAGGCAGGGUCCAGGCUGAAGAACUUGGAAGAGCUUUCAGGUGUAUGUAUCCUGGAGGUCAAGGAGAUUAUGCAGGAUUUCCUGGUUGUGGAUUACUUAGAUUGCAUAGUACCUACAGACAUGACCUCAAAAUAUAUGCCUCUGAUGAAGGACGCGUGCAGAUGACUGCAGCUGCUUUUGCCAAGGGGCUACUGGCACUAGAAGGAGAGCUUACACCCAUCCUUGUUCAGAUGGUAAAAAGUGCAAACAUGAAUGGUCUUCUGGACAGUGAUAGCGACUCUUUGAGCAGUUGUCAGCAACGUGUGAAAGCAAGACUUCAUGAAAUACUUCAGAAGGACAGAGAUUUUACUACUGAAGAUUAUGAAAAGCUUACUCCAUCUGGAAGCAUUUCUCUUAUUAAAUCAAUGCAUUUAAUUAAAAAUCCUGUGAAGACCUGUGACGAAGUUUAUUCUUUGAUACAAAGUUUGACUUCUCAAAUCAGACAUCGCAUGGAAGAUCCCAAAUCAUCAGAUAUUCAGCUUUACCAUAGUGAGACAUUAGAGCUUAUGCUACGUAGAUGGUCCAAGUUGGAGAAAGACUUUAAAACAAAGAAUGGAAGAUAUGACAUUAGUAAAAUCCCUGACAUAUAUGACUGUAUAAAAUACGAUGUCCAGCAUAACGGUUCCUUGAAAUUAGAAGACACAAUGGAAUUAUAUGGUCUUUCAAAGGCAUUAGCAGAUAUUGUUAUCCCUCAGGAAUAUGGUAUAACCAAAGCUGAAAAGCUGGAGAUUGCCAAAGGCUACUGUACUCCUCUAGUUAGAAAAAUUCGCUCAGACCUUCAGAGGACACAAGAUGAUGACACUGUAAAUAAACUCCAUCCUGUGUAUUCCAGGGGUGUUCUGUCUCCUGAACGUCAUGUCCGUACCAGAUUGUAUUUCACCAGUGAAAGUCAUGUACAUUCUUUACUAUCUAUUCUUCGCUAUGGUGCCUUAUGCAAUGAAUCAAAAGAUGAACAGUGGAAACGAGCUAUGGAUUAUUUAAAUGUUGUCAAUGAGCUCAACUACAUGACUCAGAUCGUUAUCAUGCUUUAUGAGGAUCCUAACAAGGAUCUUUCUUCAGAGGAACGCUUUCAUGUUGAAUUACACUUUAGUCCAGGAGCCAAAGGAUGUGAAGAAGACAAAAAUUUACCAUCCGGCUAUGGAUAUAGACCAGCUUCAAGAGAGAAUGAAGGCAAGCGAUCUUUUAAAAUUGAUAACGAGGACGAACCACAUACUUCUAAAAAAGAUGAGGUUGAUCGAGGUGUGCUAUUGUUCAAACCUAUGGUAUCAGAGCCAAUUCAUAUACACAGGAAGUCUCCACUUCCAAGAUCUAGGAAGAUGACUACAAACGAAGAAGAGAGCCCCCUGAGUGUGUCUAGCCCAGAGGGUACUGGUACCUGGCUGCAUUAUACCAGUGGUGUGGGUACUGGUCGAAGACGCAGAUCAGGGAAACAAAUCACUUUCCCUGUCUCCCCCAAAUCAUUGGCUUUCACAUCCAGUAUUUUUGGCUCAUGGCAACAGGUUGUAUCUGAAAAUGCUAAUUACCUGCGAACACCAAGAACUCUUGUGGAACAGAAACAGAACCCUACUGUAGGGUCUCACUGUGCGGGCCUGUUUAGCACCUCGGUGCUCGGGGGUUCUUCAAGCGCACCUAACCUACAGGAUUAUGCUCGUACUCAUCGUAAAAAGCUGACCUCUUCUGGCUGCAUAGAUGACGCCACACGCGGUUCUGCUGUUAAAAGGUUUUCUAUCUCAUUUGCUCGACACCCAACCAAUGGCUUUGAGUUGUAUUCCAUGGUGCCAUCUAUUUGUCCUCUAGAAACUCUUCACAAUGCCCUGUCUCUAAAGCAGGUGGAUGAAUUUCUCGCCUCCGUUGCUUCUCCAUCAAGUGAAGUUCCACAGACGGCCCCUGAGAUCUCCUCCACAGCUUCACGUUUAAGUCCAGUAAUGAGAAGAAAAAUACCUUUAAAUACAUAUACACCUGCAAAGAUCCUCCCAACACCACCAACUACCUUAAAGAGUUCUAAAGCAAGCAGCAAACCAGCUACCAGCGGACCUUCUAGUGCAGUUGUUCCUAAUACCUCAACCCGAAAAAAGAUUAUAAGUAGCAAAACAGAAGUGCAUGAACACAAAAAAACCACUGGGAAGAAGAAGUAAAAUCUUCUUAGCCGGAGCUAGAAAUCCUUAUACUUACAAAAAUCACCUGUUCAUUAGAAAAAAACGUGAUAAGCUUUGGCUAAAAACUGUCAAAGCAAGUAAUUUAUGUUUCUUCUUAUACAUCUCUGUAUUCAUUUAAAAAUACGUUAAAUCUAGAGAAUUCUCUGUAUAGUUUCAGGUAAGAAACCUUUGCCAUGAUCUGGAAAUGUUUAAAACCAUGUUUAUUUGCAUUUUAUGAGUAGCAAAACUUAUGGUGAUAGAGAUCUGUCAUUCUGAAUAUGAUGUUUACUGUAUGCCUGUGGGAAGAAAAGGAACAUGAACGCCCAGCUGGCCUGUACCAGUGUGGCUCCAGUAAUGCUGUUUAAUGAAGAAUCUGUGAAGUGGCCUCUGUACUCACUUUCAGUAUCAUGGAUUGCAUCUCGGCUCUAAAACCUGUAGCUUGGGUUGAAAUUUGAUGGGCAGGCUUACAUAUUUGAGGCUUUAAAUAAGUACAUUUCCAAAGAGAUAUUGACCAUUUAGAUUACAAACUUUUCCCCCAGUUGUUACAAUUACAUAUAUGCUGCAAUAUUUAAUAACUGGAGUUAUAGGAUAUGGGUUAUUUUUUUCAAUAUGUGCUUUGAAAUUUUUUUAUUGUGUGUUAUUUAAAAUAUUACAGAUACAGCUGGGAUAUCUACACCUUUAUGUGCAUAAAUUUGUAUAUUAAUUUGUAGAAAAUAUUUUCUUUAUAUAUUUUCUUACCAUAAGGUGCUUUUGUUCAUCAGGAAAAUUUUGUUCCACAAAUUGGCAAGAAAGUCAUCCUUAGAGUUACUUUUUAAGAGAGAUAAGUGACAAGUUUAUAAAUGUAACAUUUAUUUUCAGUUCUUUUUAGAUCUAAGGAACUCAGUUCAGAAAUAGAAAUCAUCAAUGUGAGAAGACUAUCUGAAUUCUGUAGUUAGUACAGACUAUACAUAGCACCUACUUUUACUCCAUCCUUUUCUCUAGUGUAUCAAUUGAUUUCACUAAGAAAGCUUAAAGAUUGAGGAUUUGAAAUAAAUGCUUUUUUUCAAGUGAUUAGAUUUUAAAGGGAAAUUAAGAUGUGUUGUGAUUUCAUCUAUGAUGGGAAGAAAAUAUUAUCCUUGGUGCUUUAUUUCCUCUGCACAAAGAAUUAAUUAUAUGCCACUUAUAAUGACUUAAACUGAAAACCAAACAAUACAUCCUGGUAAGAAUUCCAUGCAUUGUCAGUCAGGUAACUUAAACUGCUAAAGCAUUAGCUUGAAAUUUAUAGUUAAAAAAAUUAUUGAAUUCUCAUAUGAAUACAGCUAUUAGAGUUCUUCAAAAGAGACUCUACUAACCUUAAAUCAUCAUAUAUGAACUGACUUUUAGAAAAUAAUCAUAUUACGUGUUUUAAAAGGUACCAGAUGUGAAAUCACAAAUAUAUACAAUUAUGUAAGUUCAUAUACUUCACAUGAAUGUAAAUGUAUUAUACAGAGACAUGCCUUGUAAACAGUUGAAUGUAUCUAAGCUUUUUGUAUGUGAAAAUGUGGUUAAUGUGCUCAUAGUGGGAGUUAGGAACCUACUUUUAUUUUUUAAGUGAAUUAAAAUAUUUUAUUUCCAGAAUCA